AUGUUGUCGGAAUUAGCCGACGACAUAAUUCUCAACAUACUAUGGAAGGUUGAAGAAGACCCUCGCGACUGGGCUCGUCUCUCUUGCGUCUCUUCAAAGCUCAACUCUCUCAUCCACGCUUUCUGCUGGAAGAACAAAACCUCACUCACCAUCCCUUCAGAGCUUCUCUCUUGUUCAUCACAAGAACACUCUCUUCAUAAACUCUCUUUCUGUUGUCCCGGUCCUCUUCACGCCGGUAUCCUCUUCAACAACACGGCUGAUUUCCCCGACGAACACCACCACCAACCCACCACCACCACCACGGCAACAGUGCCAAUACCGACAACAUCUUCGUCUUCUCGACCUAAUGAACCUAAUGAAUGUUCUUCCAUUUGGUCACUUUACGACGAUCUUUAUCAUGAUACCCUCUAUGCAGAUUCUGAAUUCCAUCAAGAAGAACCUACCCAUGAAGAGAUUCGAGCUGGAGUUGUUGAUGUUCCGGUUGAAUCUAAGAAAAGAAAGGUUACUGGUUCAUUGAGUUCGCACUUGGCGACAGGAAAAUGGACGCUGAGUAGAGAACAAGGGAGUAAGCUACUUGGGAGACAGUACCGUGAUGAUUGUUUAUAUGUUUGUGAUUGGCCUGGUUGUGUUCAUUUGGAGGAGAAGAGAAAGUAUAGGCUUUUCAGAGGGGUGUUUAUGAAUUUCAAGAGGACGCGUGUUUGGAAGACGGUGAAUGAUUGUAGUAACAGGAAGAAGAUUGAUUUGCCUUGUGCUUUUUGUUCUUGUAAUCAUACUUGGGAUCUUUAUUCUGCGUUUUGUUUGAAGAGAGGGUUUGGCUUUCAUGAUGAUGGGGAGCCUGUUGUUAGGGCUUAUGUUUGUGAUAAUGGUCAUGUUUCUGGUGCUUGGACUGAUGUUCCCAUCUACUCUUGA